AUGGAAAAUGAUACUCAAACAUCAACUGAUUUCAUCUUAUUAGGAUUGUUUCCACCAUCAAGAUUUGGAGUGUUCCUUUUUGUUCUCUUUUUUCUCAUUUUUCUAAUGGCUCUGUUUGGCAACCUGUCCAUGAUUCUACUCAUCUUCCUAGACACCCGUCUCCACACACCCAUGUAUUUCUUACUUAGUCAGCUCUCUCUCAUUGACCUAAAUUACAUCUCCACUAUUGUCCCCAAGAUGGCUUCCAAUUUUGUGCUUGGAAACAAGUCUAUCUCCUUCAUUGGGUGUGGUGUUCAGAGCUUCUUUUUCUUGAUGUUAGGAGGGGCAGAAACAUUACUUUUGAUAUCUAUGGCUUAUGAUCGUUAUGUGGCUAUUUGCUUUCCUCUUCACUAUGCCAUUCGUAUGAGCAAAAAAGUGCGUGUGUUGAUGAUAACAGGGUCUUGGAUAAUGGGCUCAAUCAACUCCUGUGCCCACACUGUGUAUGCCCUCCAUAUCCCUUAUUGUCGAUCCAGGACCAUCAACCAUUUCUUCUGUGAUGUCCCGGCCAUGUUGACUCUGGCCUGCAUGGACACCUGGGUCUAUGAGUACACAGUGUUUGUCAGCACAACCCUCUUCCUUGUGUUUCCUUUCAUUGGCAUUGCAUGUUCCUAUGGCCGAGUUCUCCUUGCCAUCUGCCGUAUGCACUCAACAGAAGGGAGGAAGAAGGCCUAUUCGACCUGCAGCACCCACCUCACUGUGGUGACUUUAUAUUAUGUACCCUUUGCUUACACUUAUCUACGCCCAAGAUCGCUGAGAUCUCCAACAGAGGACAAGGUUCUGGCUGUCUUCUACACCAUCCUGACUCCCAUGCUCAACCCUAUCAUUUACAGCCUGAGAAACAAGGAGGUGAUGGGGGCCCUGAGAAGAAUGUUGAUGAUAACAGGGUCUUGGAUAAUGGGCUCAAUCAACUCCUGUGCCCACACUGUGUAUGCCCUCCAUAUCCCUUAUUGUCGAUCCAGGACCAUCAACCAUUUCUUCUGUGAUGUCCCGGCCAUGUUGACUCUGGCCUGCAUGGACACCUGGGUCUAUGAGUACACAGUGUUUGUCAGCACAACCCUCUUCCUUGUGUUUCCUUUCAUUGGCAUUGCAUGUUCCUAUGGCCGAGUUCUCCUUGCCAUCUGCCGUAUGCACUCAACAGAAGGGAGGAAGAAGGCCUAUUCGACCUGCAGCACCCACCUCACUGUGGUGACUUUAUAUUAUGUACCCUUUGCUUACACUUAUCUACGCCCAAGAUCGCUGAGAUCUCCAACAGAGGACAAGGUUCUGGCUGUCUUCUACACCAUCCUGACUCCUAUGUUCAACCCUAUCAUUUACAGCCUGAGAAACAAGGAGGUGAUGGGGGCCCUGAGAAGAAUGGUUCAGAUAAUCUGCCAUUUGAAAAUGUAG